UCUUCUACCGUUCAUAACGAUAAAGUGGAUAAUGGCUUCCACUUCUCUACUUCAUCUCUCCAUCUCAUCCUCUCUCCCUUCUCGCCGGCGAGGAGCUUCUCCUCUCCUCCGCCCUCAUCCUCCUCUCCUCCGGCGAUCGCCGCUUCGAUCGCGUGCUCCCAUCUCUGCUGCUGCUGGGCCGGCGGAGGGGGCGUCGCCACUUCAUGCGCUCAUCUUUGAUUGCGACGGUGUGAUCCUUGAAUCGGAGCACCUUCAUCGCCAGGCAUACAAUGAUGCUUUUGCGCAUUUCUCUGUUCGAUCCCCUGCUUCCUCAUCGGAAAUUCUUUUCUGGGAAACUGAUUUCUAUGACGAACUCCAGAACCGUAUCGGCGGUGGCAAGCCUAAGAUGCGAUGGUACUUCAAUGAGAAUGGGUGGCCUUCGUCUUCGGUGUUUGAGGAUCCUCCGGUUGAGAGCGCGGAUAAAGAGAAGCUGAUUGAUAUUCUUCAGGACUGGAAAACUGAGAGGUACAAAGAAAUUAUCAAAUCCGGAGUUGUGAAACCUAGACCAGGUGUCCUUCGAUUGAUGGAUGAUGUCAAGGGUGCGGGUAUAAAGCUUUCUGUUUGCUCAGCAGCUACUAAAAGUUCAGUCAUACUAUGCCUGGAGAAUCUUUUAGGACUUGAGCGAUUCCAAGGUCUGGAUUGCUUUCUCGCAGGUGAUGAUGUUAAAGAAAAGAAGCCUGACCCAUCAAUUUAUUUGACGGCUUCUCAGAAACUAGGUGUGUUGGGAAAGAACUGUCUAGUGGUGGAGGAUAGUGUCAUUGGAUUGCAGGCCGCAACUGGAGCGGGAAUGCCAUGCAUAAUAACUUACACAUCAUCGACUGCAAAUCAGGACUUCAAAGAUGCCAUAGCCACGUAUCCUGACUUAAGCAACGUGAGGCUUGAAGACCUUGAAUUGUUGCUUCAAAAAACACUUGUUGCUAGUUAAAGUCUCUUGUUUGACUGAUGAUAGUCAACAAUUUGGUGCUGCAGCAGCAUUGUGAUUUUUCUAUGCUGUUGAUGAAGUAAUCCUUGCCUCUAUUGGCCAGCUUUUUCAAGUUGAUUAAUUUCCUGCAUCUUAAUGCAUUUUUUAUUUUAUUUUAUAUGCUAACCAAUGUGCUACAGUAAAACUAUUAUGUAUUUAUUUUGCGAGUCA